AUGUCUGCACCUCCUACGUGGAACCGUCCGCUCAACCAUGUGGCCGUGUCGGUGCCCGACGUCGAAGCCGUGGUGGACUGGUACAGCACACACCUGGGGUUCCGCCUCCUGGGCAAGAUCGCACACAUCAAGCGAUCGACGGAUCCCAACGCCGCCAUCUUCGCCAUCUACCCGCCGAGCCUGAACGAAGUCAAGCUGGCGUACAUGGCGACCGGGAAUGGCGUCGGCUUCGAGGUGUUUGAGUUCGUCGACCCCAAGCCGGUGGCGGCGGAGCGCGAAUUCCACUACGAGCGCGCCGGCUUCUUCCACGUCUGUGUCACCGAUCCCGACCCAGACGCUCUGGCGGACAGGGUCGUCAGUGCUGGCGGCAAGAAGGUCGGCCAGACCGUCGACCCCGGCAACGUUGGUGUCAAGUGUCUCUACUUGGCAGACCCGUGGGGAAAUAUCGUCGAGGCCCUAACGUAUCUGCUGACCUCGGGGGCCGUCCUCGCUACAGGAACUGAAUGUCCAUUGGUCGGCCUGGGCACAUGGCAGGGCCAGUAUGGCACCUUGGCCGCGCAGCAACUCGAGGACAGCAUCAUACACGCGCUACACCACGGGUACCGGCUGAUAGACACUGCACAAUACUAUGGCGUGGAAAAGGUCGUGGGUUCCGCAAUCCGCAAAUCCGGGGUGCCCCGAUCUUCGAUCAUAGUUAUCACCAAGUUCUGGUCGCACUGGCACCACGACCCGGCUGCUGCGCUGCGUCAGUCCCUUGCCGAUCUCGACAUCGACUACAUCGACAUCUUCAUGAUGCACUGGCCUAACCUCAUGCUCAAAGAGGGUGUCCCGGAGCCAUGGGGCGCGAAGCCUGAUUUCAUCGAUACUUGGACAGUUAUGGAGGAUCUUGUCUUGGAUGAGUCCCUAGGCUUGAAGGACAAGGUCAGAGGCUUGGGAGUCAGCAAUUUCACCAGAAAGCUACUCGAGCCACUGUUGGAGCGAUGCAGGCUCAAACCGCUGGUCAAUGAGGUCGAGCUGCAUGCCAUGAAUCCGAAUCUAAAGCUUGUGCCGUGGUGUCAACAGAACGGAAUUCAGGUCAUCAGUUGGAGCAUUCCAUACACCGUCACCUUUGUUCCAUCUUCUGCUAUCUUGUCUCAUCGUCAAAUGAUGAUGAAGAAGAAAAAGAUUGACCAAGAAACUUUUCACAGCACCCUUGGAUCCGAACGAACCAAUGAACGAAAUCAGAUUCUAACCCACCCGCUCUUUACCAAUAUCGCGGCCAAACAUUCCUGCUCCGUCGGCGUUGUCUCCCUUUCCUGGGCAGUACAACGGGGUAUCAUUGUCAUUCCGAAAUCGUCAUCGCUCAAGCGUAUCGAGGACAACAUCAAGCUGGUGGAGCUAAGCGAGGAAGAAAUGGAGAAACUCAACGCCGCAGAGAAACUGGUGGGCCGUAUGAGGCUAAGCGAUACAAUUCCGGGAAUUCAGUACAAGAUGCCGGAUGGGAGGGAUACAAUCCUGGGGUGGACAAAAGUAGAUUUUGGAUGGGAGGAUGAAGAGGGCGAGUGGCUGUGCUGA